AUGCGAGACUGGGCGGUCCGAACUGCGAACUUCGCGUUGCACUGCGUCGUGCGUGCCAUCCAUGAGGUGGGCCUGACUGUGGCUGAGAGAAAAACGAAAGCUAUUUUCUUCCACCCAAAAGGCAUGAAGCCACCUCAGACCCACCUACGGAUUGGCAGGAUCAGGGUUCCGGUCGAGGCCCAAAUGAGAUAUUUGGGCCUCAUUAUGGACGGCACCCGGUGCUUCAAGGAGCACUUCAGCCGUCUGGUCCCCCGAUUAAAGGUCAUAUUAGCUAACUUGGGCAAAUUAAUGCCCAAUAUCGGGAGGUCGGCCAUGAAGGCGCGUCGCCUCCACGCAGGGAAUAUUAAUUCAGUCGCUUUGUACGGUGUGCCCAUUUGGGCGGAGACCCCGGCCGCCAGCCGUCCGCUAUGCGCGGUAAUGCGCAGAGCGCAAAGGACGAUGACGGUACGUGAGGAUCUGAUAAGGAAGGGAAGGACUCCAAUGACGGAGACUCCAUGA